AUGGAUUCCUCAAAGCGUACGUCGUCAUCAUCGUUGUCAUCACUGCACUCCGAGCUACUAGAAGAAAUAUUAUGCAGGGUUCCCGCAGAAGCUAUCAUGCGAUCAAAACCGACGUGCAAGCAAUGGAACGAUCUCAUCAAGGCUCUCCCCACCAACAAGACGUUCAUCUAUAAACAUUUGGAUCGCUCCUCCUCCGACUCCUCCUCGAAAAGAUUCAUAAGAACCAGUGAUUCCUCCGUACGCAUCAUUGAUCCGGUGACCAAAGAACGUUCAACAUCACCAAUGCCAGCGGAGUUUCAAGAAUCAAAUAAAGUCCAUACGAUACUUCAAUGCGACGGACUCGUCUUGUGUAUACGUCGUUAUUAUUCGCUAAUCAGCCAACCAAGACGCCCCCACAUCGCGAUUUGGAAUCCUCUUUUGAGGAGAGCCAAAUGGAUUGCUCCCUCAGGAGGUUUGUUGCCUAACAGUGUGUAUGGAAUGGGAUACAAGACUCGAGAGGAGGACGGUUACAAGAUCGUACGGUUUUCUAACAGCUGGUUCAAGGUUGGUGAAGGUGAUACACAGGUUGAGGUUUACGAGUUCAAGAAUAGUUCAUGGAGGACUCUUGAUCAUGUCAAGGUUGAUGUGCCAGUAGUAGAUAGCCAAGGUGUGGCUGUGAUGGGCAACAUGUACUGGCUUACUGAGAAGAAUGGCAUUCUAGGUUUUGAUUUCACAGCGGAAACAUUCAAGGACGUAUGCUCAUGUCCUCCUCUCUUUUUUGGUCAUCGUCGUUACUUAAGCUGUUUCCGUGAAGAUGAUAGACUGUCUUUGCUACAGCAAGCGGAAGAAUCAAAGAAGAUUCAGGUGUGGCUUUCAAACAACUUAGCUGAUGAGAGUGUCUCCUUUACUAGAUAUUUAAGUGUUGACAAACCGGGUCUUCCUGCGUUAAAGCUCUAUGAAUCUAUACAUCAUCCGGUCUACUGCUUUGUCAAGCCUAGAAGUAUGUUCGCCUUGUAUGAGGGAGAUGAAGGAGAUGGUGUUACGUUUACUACUUACGGCAUUAUUUGUGAAAUUGAUGAGGGUGGGCUAAGAAACCAAACUGAGACUGAGACAGAACGAAUCUAUGGGCGUCUCAGGUACCCCAUCUUUUGUGGCCAUGUGUAUGUUCCAAGUUUUGUCCCUCUUCCAUGA